AUGGCUUGGAUGACUUACGUUUCACAUUGGUUUGAGCAAGAUGAUUGGUAUGAAGGACUCCAAAGAGCAACCAUGUCCCGGGUCAGGCAAGUGGGACUUCUGGCUGCUGGAUGCCAGCCGUGGAACAAAGACGUGUGUGCUGCCAGCGGAGACCGGUUUGCAUACUGCGCAACUCUGGCCAUCUACAUAUACCAGUUGGAUCACCGUUAUAAUGAAUUCAAACUUCAUGCAAUUAUGUCGGAACAUAAAAAAACAAUCACAGCAAUUUCAUGGUGUCCACAUAACCCUGACUUGUUUGCAAGCAGCAGUACCGAUAACUUAGUGAUCCUUUGGAACGUGGCAGAGCAAAAGGUCAUUGCUAAACUCGACAGCAUCAAAGAGACACCUGCCUGUCUCGGCUGGUGCUGGAAUAUAGAUGAUGCUGUGGCAUUUGUUUCCCAGAAGGGUCCUCUGCACAUUUGGACCAUCUCGGGACCAGAUAGCGGAGUAUCUGUACACAAGGAAGCCCAUAGUUUUGUGUCUGAUAUUUGCAUAUUUAGGUGGCACACUCAAAAGAAAGGAAAAGUUGCAUUUGGUCAUAUUGAUGGAAGCAUAUCGAUUUUUCAGCCUGGCUGCAAAAAUCAGAAACACGUUCUGAGACCUGAAUCUCUUGAAGGAACGGAUGAGGAGGACCCAGUUACAGCCCUGGAGUGGGACCCGCUGUCCACGGACUAUCUUCUGGUGGCUAAUUUGCAUUAUGGAAUCCGUCUACUGGAUUCUGAAUCCCUUUACUGCAUCACAACGUUUAAUCUUCCCAGCGCCGCAGUGUCUGUGCAAUGUUUGGCCUGGGUCCCCAGUGCUCCAGGCAUGUUUAUAACAGGAGAUUCUCAAGUGGGUAUUUUACGCAUUUGGAAUGUUUCAAGAACAACACCUCUCGAAAAUUUUAAAUUAAAGAAAACGGGAUUUCACUGCUUACAUGUAGUUAAUUCUCCCCCAAAGAAAAAAUUUUCAGUCCAGUCUCCAAACAAAAAUCAUUAUACAUCUUCAACAAGUGAAGCAGUUCCACCCCCAAAUUUGACAAAGAAUCAAGCCUUUUCUCUUCCUCCUGGUCAUGUCGUGUGCUGUUUCCUGGAUGGUGGAGUUGGACUUUAUGACAUGGGAGCCAAGAAGUGGGAUUUUCUUAGAGAACUGGGACACGUGGAAACUAUAUUUGACUGCAAAUUCAAACCUGAUGACCCAAAUCUUUUAGCAACAGCUUCAUUUGAUGGCACCAUAAAGGUGUGGGAUAUAAACACAUUAACAGCAGUGUAUACUUCUCCGGGUAACGAAGGGGUCAUUUUUGCUCUUUCGUGGGCUCCAGGUGAUUUAAAUUGCAUUGCUGGUGCAACUUCCCGAAAUGGUGCAUUUAUUUGGGAUAUUCAAAAGGGCAAAAUAAUACAGCGAUUUAAUGAGCAUGGAAAAAAUGGAAUAUUCCAUAUUGCCUGGAGUCAUAAAGACUCUAAACGAAUAGCAACUUGCAGUGGCGAUGGUUUUUGCAUUAUUCGAACAGUCGAUGGGAAACUGCUACACAAAUACAAACACCCGGCUGCGGUGUUUGGCUGUGACUGGAGCCAAAACAACAAAGACAUGAUCGCCACUGGCUGUGAAGACAAAAACGUCCGUGUCUUUUACGUAGCCACGAGCUCUAAUCAGCCUUUGAAAGUGUUUAGCGGGCACACAGCAAGAGUCUUCCAUGUCAAGUGGUCUCCUCUGAGGGAAGGGAUUCUCUGCAGUGGUUCUGAUGAUGGCUCUGUUCGAAUCUGGGAUUAUACUCAAGAUGCUUGCAUCCGCAUUCUCAAUGGGCACACUGCGCCUGUGAGGGGACUGAUGUGGAACACCGAGAUUCCAUACCUACUCAUCUCUGGAAGCUGGGAUUAUACUAUCAAAGUCUGGGACACUCGAGGAGGGGUUUGCCUAGAUACUGUGUAUGACCACGGUGCAGACGUUUAUGGUUUAACUUGCCAUCCAGAUCGUCCCUUCACGAUGGCUUCCUGUUCCCGAGAUUCUACAGUGAGGCUCUGGUCAUUAAUACCUUUAAUCACCCCUUUACAAAUAAAUAUUCUGGCAGACAGAUCUUGGGACGAAAUUAUCGGGAACACUGAUAACGCAAUACGACAAGACUCUCCACCUCGACUCUGCGGCAAAGUGUCAAGAGACAUUAAACAAGAAAUAGAAAAACCAACGUGCAACCCUCGGGUGAAAAAACUAAGAUUGUUUUCAGAAUGUUUAUCACCUCCAGGUGGCAGUGACAAUUUGUGGAAUUUGGUGGCCGUGAUUAAAGGACAAGAUGACAGCUUGCUUCCUCAGAACUACUGCAAAGGAAUAGUGCAUUUGAAACACCUGAUCAAAUUUAGAACCUCGGAAGCCCAAGAACUAACGACAAUCAAGAUGUCUAAAUUUGGUGGUGGUAUCGGCGCACCUACUAAGGAGAAAAAACUGAAGGAAGCUGCUGAAAUCCACCUGAGAUUAGGACAAAUUCAGAGAUACUGUGAACUCAUGGUCGAACUUGGAGAGUGGGACAAAGCCCUGUCAGUUGCACCUGGGGUCUCUGUGAAAUACUGGAAAAAGUUAAUGCAGAGGAGAGCUGACCAGUUAAUUCAGGAAGAUAAGGAUGAUGUCAUUCCGUACUGCAUAGCCACUGGUGAUGUGAAAAAGCUCGUCAAUUUUUUUGUGUCCAGGGGUCAGCUCAAAGAAGCACUGCUCAUUGCACAGGCUGCCUGUGAGGGAAAUAUACAAAACCUACAAGUUUCUACACCGCCGAAAGGCGCUUCAAAUUCUGAUGAAAUCUACGAAGACUUUAAUGAACUCUUACACCAAGUCAUACAUGAGCUGGCCGAAUGGUAUUUCCAGGAUGGCCGAGCAGUGCUGGCUGCGUGCUGCCAUCUCGCUGUAGACGAUAUCGAGCUUGCUAUGGCUUACCUGAUCCGCGGGAAUGAACUAGAGCUGGCUGUCUCAGUGGGCACCAUCCUCGGAGAACCUGCAGCCCCAGCAAUGCAUUAUGCCCUGCAGUUACUGGCGAGAAAAUGCAUGAUGAUUCCAAUGUGCUUCCCAUCCGUCGUAUACAGUUUUCCCCUUUGUUAUACAAACAGGAACUUGGCAGCUGAUCUUCUCCUAAUGACUCCUGAUAGCGAAGCACAUUUAGUAAAACUCUGUGCCUUCUACCCCGGGUGUGUGGAAGAAAUAAAUGACCUUCACAAGAAGUGCAGUCUACCCCCAGCAGAAGAAUGCAUUCAGUUGGCUGAAACAGCCCGGGCAGAUGGCAAUGUAUUUGAAACCAUAAAGUAUUAUUUACUAAGUCAGGAACCCGAAAAGGCUCUUCCUAUUGGUAUUGACUUUGUAAAAGGAUGUAUCAGUAACUCGAACUGGACUCUAGAUACUGUUUAUCCUGUGCUUGACCUAAUGAGUUACAUGCCUACUGAGAAAUUACUCUCACAUACGUGCACUGAGGCUCGAAAUGAAUUACUUAUAUUGUGUGGUUACAUUGGUGCCUUACUGGCUAUCAGAAGACAGUAUCGAAGUAUUGUUCCAGCGCUUUAUGAGUACACGAGUCAGCUCUUAAAACGCCGAGUGGUGUCAGUACCUUUAAAAAUUGAGCAUCUCGCUGAGGAACUGGAUGCGUGGAGAGCUUGCACACAGUCUGCUAAACAAUCAUCAGAAGAUUCUCCAUAUACACCCCCUUCUGAUUCACAAAGAACAGUUUAUGAAACUUUAUUAAAGAGACUGAAAGAAGAGCCACUCAAAGGAAUUACUGGACCAGAUUAUGUGACUGGAUCAAACCUUCCAAGCCAUUCAGACAUUCACAUCUCUUGUCUUACUGGACUAAAAAUCCAGGGUCCUGUGUAUUUCUUGGAAGACGGAAAGUCGGCUAUUUCUUUGAAUGACGCUCUGAUGUGGGCAAAGGUGAAUCCAUUCUCACCUUUAGGAACUGGAAUACGACUCAAUCCAUUUUGA